AUGGAAGCACAACAGCGCAUGCAGCGUCUCCCAGAGACCCUCAACCAAUUCCGGGAACGUCUGCAAACGCUGCGCCCGCCCCAGGAGUUCUUCAACGUACAGCGGGUGUCGAAGCCGGCGGACAUGGGCGCUGCAACUUCACGAAUCAAGUACAACGUCAACUACUUCAGCGGCAACUACAUUCUCCUCAUCCUCCUCCUCGCCGUCUACUCGCUCCUCACGAACCCGCUCCUCCUCAUCGCCCUCGCCUUCCUCAUCGGCGGCUACAUCGGCAUAAACCGCUUCAUCCCCGAGCCGGUCCAAUUCGGCUCCACCACCAUCGAGCCCCGCCACCUCUACAUGGUCCUACUCAUCGUCGGCAUCCCCAUCCUCUGGAUCUCGGCGCCCAUCGCGUCUUUCUUCUGGCUCGUCGGGUCCAGCAGCGUGUUGAUUCUGGGACAUGCGGCGCUGGUGGAGCCCGGGGUGGAGAGCGAGUAUGGCACGGUGCAGGGCGUGUGA